AUGCCAACACCAUCAUCACAAACAUUGUCAAUGACAAAAAAUGAUAAAUCACGAAUAAGUACAAAUAAUAAUCGGACGAACGGUAGUCAUUGUAAACAAUCUGUUAUCAAAGAGUCAUCGGUGAGAAGAAAAACGACAACACCAACAAUGAUGUAUUAUAGACAGCGUAGUACAAGUGCACCAUUAAAUAUUUCAAGAACAAAAUCCAUGAUAAAUAAUAAAAAUGAUAAAAGUGUGGUAAAUAUUCAUAUUAAUGGUCCAGAAAUCACAUUAUUACCGGCCGAAGAGCAAGCUGUUCGAAAAAUGUAUCAGAAACUUCAGCAAUUACAGCCAGAUGGUGUAUGUGUUGAAUUAAAUACACUAAGAAGAGCACUGUAUCCACCAACCGUCCAAAAUUCUUUGAUAACAAAUCAAAAUGAGAGAAGAUUGUCAGUUGAAAGAGUUCCAACAAGACCAUGGGCCAGUGCUGAUGAUGAACUAUCGAAUAAAUAUAAAAUCAAUUUACAAAAUGUUCAAAAUGACUAUCGUGCAGAGGCAAUGAAACAAGAAGAAACUGAACGUAAAAAAUUAGAAAAUCUUGAUUACGUAUAUCAACAAGUGAAAAAACAUGCAGAAAUAAACUAUAGUUAUUAUACAAGAACGAACAAAUAA